CGCGCAGCCCGCCCGCUGCCCCGCGGAGCGCUGCCCGUCCCGUCCCGGCAGGUCUGCAGGCAGGAUGAGCGCAAGUUUCUUCCAGCUGCUGAGAACGAAGAAAGAACUCAUCCCCCUGAUUGGAGUCGUGUCCUGCGCCGCCGUUGGGGCUCUUGCUUUUUCAGCCUAUUCCCUCGUCAGCAAAUCCGACGUGAUCAUUAACAAGAGUGCCAAUCCAGAGCCAUGGGAAACUGUUGAUCCUACCCGGCCUCAGAAGCUAUUAACAAUCCAUCAGAAAUGGAAACCUAUAGAAGAGUUGGAAAGUGUCAAAAAGCUUACGAAGUAACAAGUUUCUGUUGCCUCUAAAGGUACUCUAUGAAUCUAGUGGAAUCACUUCUGCACAAACUUGACUACUGAAAUCAGUGUGCGGAAAUGCUUCUGCUACAUUUCUAGGGUCUCCCUCCAUUUUUUGGGCUCUGGAUGAGGAGUUUCAUGUUGCCUUAGAAGUUGGCAUACAACAUCCACUUAGUCCAAAACUCUGUGUCAAAGCUCGUUUUCAGUAGGUGUUUGAUGUCAGAUGUUGAACAUUCAGAUGGUAAUUGAAUAUGGAAAAAGUUUUCACAAUUUUUAAAAUAGAAUUUUAUAGUUCAUUUUUCUCAGAAUUAAUUUUGUAAUUUUGUUAUAAUAAAAUCUGUUUAACAUUUUGCAACAUUCUUUGUAAAUUUUGUAAACAGAGACUACCCAUAAGCUCUCCUAAAAUAUUCCUGGUUUGCUCCCUCUUUAUCCUAUAAUUUUAUGUUGUAUGUGCACUGUAUACAGACCAAAUAGUCAUUGUAGCCAGAAGAUGUCUAUGUAUGGCAGCAUAUGUUGCCAAAGAUACACUUCCAUUUAUUUCCUACAUUAGAUGUAAUGACAACUUAUGUCCCAGUUAAGGUUCUGGGGCUGAUACCAGAACUUACAUGUGCACUCUGCUUAGACUACCAAGGAGUCUAAUAGAUGAGUUAAGGCUAUAUUUGGGAAUGCAGGGUGAAAACAUAACUUCAGCAUGGCUAAAAAGGAAUUAAAAAUGACAGUUUGUUACAUUUGAAUGUUGUUCCUGUUUAAACUUUUAAAAAGUUACUGGAAUUAGAAAAUUUACGUUAUCCAAAACUACUUUAACCAUUAAAUUCUUAAUCUUCUGCUAGGUAGUUCACAUGCAAACUUAAUUUUACUGCAUAGCUAGCAGGGCUUUUUUUAACAUUUUAGAUACAAGCUAUGAGGGACUUCUUCAACGAAGAGAAAAUGAAAGAGAUUAAAAGUAGAAAUGACUCUUCAGAGAGACGCUUCCUCUUUAAGCAUUUGUUUUCUGAUAAAUUGGCUAGGGAAAUGAUGCAACAGGCAGACCCUCACCAAGCUGGUGAGGGCAUAUCUGCAUCCAAUGGUAGAACAAUCCUUUUCUGAGUUCUUUCUGUAGGUGUCCCAUUCCAUGCAGUUUCACAUGCAUUACAAAGUUUCUUCUACAUUGGAUAAUAAGGAUGCAUGUUACUGGCUGAGAGGAAGGAAGAAAACUGAAACAAAUUAAUUUGAAGAAGCCCCUCCUCAAGUGAGUAAUAGUGAACGUCCUGCUGGAGGUUAUUCUGCUGCAGCGAGCACCUAACAGGUUAGCAGUGAAGCUUUGGAGGAUUUGUUUUCUUAAAGGUGUAUUUGACGCUGAGAAGAAAGCGUUAAAAUGUUAUUUAUCACACUUGUGCUAAGUUGCAGUGUAAAAUUUGGAUAAGUAAGUAUGACUCAGCAGCAUUUAGGAGUGAUAGGAUUUAGAGGACUUCAGAGUACAAGCUUGGCUUUCAUUUUAUGGAAUGAUGCUAUGAGAUAAAUUGGGUGGUAUGUAACCACAAAAACCAGAGCUCUGGGGAAUACAACUUCUAAGCAUUUAAACAGAAGCACUGUAAACUAUUUUCUGUAAGUUAUUGCAUAUUUCCAUAUUUUGCUUGUCUGUAUCAGUACAAAAACAUGCUGUGCUGUGCUCUGAGUUGAUACAUGAAUUAAAUGAGUUUGUCCUUCAGUAAA